AUGCUAUCAUCAUUUCAAUUAGCUGCUUUACUAGGUUUGGCUACAUACGCUUCAGCUCAAACACCAACAGAAAUCACAGAAUUAAAUGUCUUAUUAAAUGAUGUCGGUUCUCAUUUAGAAGAUUAUAUGAACUUGGCUACCAAUCCAGACUCAGGUAUAACUUUACAAAAUAUGCCAGCUGGUAUGUUAGACGUUGGUAUGGCUUUAGCUUCUGCUACAGAUGAUUCCUAUACUACAUUAUAUUCGGAAGUCGAUUUCGCUGGUGUUCAAUCUAUGAUUACUGAAUUACCAUGGUAUAGUUCAAGAUUAAGACCAGCUUUAGAAUCUGCAUUAGAUACAAUAAGUGAUACCGCUUCAGCAACAACCACAAAUGCUGUUAGAAGUACAAGUGGUACUCCAUUUGUCAAUGGUACCACUACGACGCAUACAAGUGCUACUACUCCAUUUGUCAACGGUACUACGACGACACUCCCAAUUGUAAGUAGUAUAACUCAUACAAACGAUACCACUACAAGCCCGAUCCCAAGUUCAGUCACAGAUGGUUAUAGGAAUUCAACGGCUAGUAGAAGUUCGGUAAGUAGUGUUGCUCCUCCAUAUGCCAAUACUUCGGUAACAAUAUUACCAACGGCAACUCAGAACCAUUCUAAUUCAACAACUACAAUGUCAACGCAUCCUGCUAAUAACGCUAACAGAGUUGUUAUGGGUGUAGGUGCCGGUGCUUUAGGUGCAAUGGUUGCCUUAUUGUUAUGA